AUGGACCUAGCGCCUCCUUUGACUUCAACAAUAAGUUGGGAGUACCACUAUAGGGCCAGAUCUUCUCUGAACGGGUCUGCUUCAAAUCUUCCAGAUGGUGCUGCAGGGCGUUCCUUUGCUACGUCAUUUUCUGGUCAGUCUGGUGUAGUCUCCCCAGUUCUUGCUGCAGGUUCUAUUCAGGGAUUGCACAACGUUCAUGGGAGCUUUAAUGUACCCAAUAUGCCCAGUUCACUUACAUCAAGAAACUCAACAAUAAAUAGUGGUCCAACUGGGGGAGUAGUUCAACAACCUUCAGCAAGCCUUUCAAGUGGAAGAUUUGCAUCAAAUAAUCUACCCGUUGCUUUGUCACAGGUAAAUGCAUUUGUGUUUGAACAUCUUGAGAAUAAUGCCUGCAGUUCUGAGCAUAUUGUUCUAUCUCAUGGAAGCUCCCAUGGACAUUCAGGAGUCAACAGUAGAGGAGGUAUAAGUGUUAUAGGAAAUCCUGGAUUUAAUAGUAGCACAAAUGGAGUUGCCGGUCCUAUUCCUGGGAUUCUUCCAACUUCUGCUGCAAUUGGUAACCGAAAUGCUGUUCCAGGAUUGGGAGUAUCCCCAAUUUUGGGCAAUGCAGGUGCUCGAAUCACAAGUUCGAUGGGAAACAUGGUUGGUGGGGGCAACAUUGGGAGGAUAAGCUCUGGAGGAAUGUCUGUUCCUGGUCUUGCUUCUCGUCUAAAUUUAGGUGGAAACACUGGAUCUGGUGCUCUAGGCGUGCAAGGACAGAAUAGAUUGAUGAGUGGUGUUCUUCCGCAAGGUUGUUCAGCUACUGCUCUUCUGCCAAAUUAUAUAGAUUGUGUUGCUGUGGUUUCUGAAUGUCAUGUACUAGAGAUAGAGAUACGAUCUCCACAGGUAAUUUCAAUGCUAGGAAAUUCAUAUCCUAGUGCUGGAGGUCCGCUUUCACAAAGCCAUGUUCAAACAGUAAAUAACUUGAACUCUAUGGGGAUGCUGAAUGAUGUGAAUUCUGGUGACAGUUCACCUUUUGAUAUCAAUGACUUCCCUCAACUGAGUACUCGUCCUAGUUCUGCUGGUGGGCCUCAAGGACAGUUGGGUUCUUUACGAAAACAGGGUCUUGGAGUUAGUCCCAUUGUCCAACAAAACCAAGAGUUUAGCAUUCAAAAUGAAGACUUCCCAGCUUUACCAGGAUUCAAAGGAAUAAGGGCUCUUUGCUUUCUUUUCUGCAUUGAUGAGUCUUUGAUGGCUUGUGGUAAUGCAGAUUUUGCAAUGGAUAUGUACCAGAAAGAACAACUUCAUGAUAAUACUGUGUCAAUGAUGCAAUCCCAGCAUUUCUCUCAGAUGGGGAGGUCUGCUGGUUUCAGCUUGGGGGGUUCAUAUCCUUCACAUCGGACACAACAGCAACAGCAGCAGCAUACCCCUUCAGUGAGUAGUAAUGGUGUCUCCUUUUCAUCUGUAAACAAUCAAGAUCUUCUCCAUUUGCAUGGAGCAGAUAUGUUUCCAUCUUCACACUCAACUUAUCAUUCACAGACCAGUGGACCUCCUGGGAUUGGACUAAGGCCUCUAAAUUCUCCAAAUACUGGUAUGGGUUCAUAUGACCAGCUUAUCCAGCAGUAUCAACAGCAGCAGAACCAGUCCCAGUUCCGCCUUCAGCAAAUGUCAGCUGGAAAUCAGUCUUUUAGGGAUCAGGGAAUGAAGUCUAUGCAAACUGCACAAUCUAGUCCAGAUCCAUUUGGUGCACUUGGUUUGUUCAGUGUAGUCCAUAUAAGUGAUCCGGACCUGAAAUAUCUUGCUCAUGGGAUUGAUCUUACAACACUUGGGUUGAAUUUGAAUUCAUCAGAAAAUCUUUACAAGACUUUUCGAUCUCCGUGGUCUGAUGAACCAGCCAAGGGUGAUCCAGAGUUCAGUGUAUUACAAUGUUAUUAUGCUAAACAACCGCCUGCUCUACAUCAAGGUUAUUUUUUGAAGUUUUCGGUGGAAACAUUGUUUUACAUAUUUUACAGCAUGCCCAAGGAUGAAGCUCAACUGUAUGCAGCAAAUGAACUUUACAAACGAGGUUGGUUUUAUCAUAAAGAGCACCGUUUAUGGUUUAUAAGAGUUGCCAACAUGGAGCCGCUUGUCAAAACAAAUACAUACGAGAGAGGAUCUUACCACUGUUUUGAUCCAAACUCCUUUGAAACAGUCCGGAAGGAUAAUUUUGUUCUUCACUAUGAAUUGGUGGAGAAGAGACCGUCUUUGCCUCAACAUUGA